CUUUUAUGGCCGCCAUUUGUCAGCGUGAGUUUGCCUAGAACGCAUCGCUUUAAUUUUUCCAAAUCGAAUAAUAAUUGUGCCAUAAAAUGGAGGAGUCCCGUACACCAACCAAUAAAUCCAACUUUAUGUUCAACCGAACGCCCACUUUGAAGGAACGGCGCUGGAAUACUCUGAAAGUGAACACCACCAAUGUGCGCUGUUCCACACCUAUUUACGGCGACUUUCGUUCGCCAAAUCUGUCACCCAUUGAGACCAUGAAGGGCAAAAAGAGUCCGGCUUCACCCAUGCGUUUCAAAAAGCCAAUGAUGAACCAACCGCAAAGAAGUCCACGCUGGGAGCUUAAGCCGCCCGCAUUUCUUUUGCCAAAAUCGCAGGAGGAGACUACCGCCGAAAGGGAUCCCAAGAGCAGCAGCAGUACGGAUGAUACCUGCUCGGAUGACUCGAAUGUGGAGACUUCUCUGGUCGUGGAGUCACGUCGUCGCUCCGUCAUGUCGUCCAACCACUCGUACGUGGUGAAUCAUGCCGCCAAUGUGGAGGAACUGCUCGUCCACAUGGGCAUGGAGAACUACGUGGAUAAGUUUGAGCAAGCCGACAUCAAUCUGGUUAACCUGGCCUCCUUGGAACGUUCUGAUCUGAUCAACAUAGGACUGCGCACCGAUGAUGACUGCAAUCGCAUUUUAGAUGUCAUCAACGCCAUGUAGUCGCCAUCGCUGGAUCCGUUAGGCUUAAUUAAGAUUAAAAAUCGUGUUUUAUGUGAAGAGAUUAGUCUCUAAAUGAUUGUGUGAACAAAAUUGUAAAUGACCUGGUGUCAGAUAAACAGCAACAGCUUUUUAUUUAAAUAUUUUAUGUUUUAUGAAAGAGUGGUCCGCAUCUUAUUUAUUUUAUUCAAAACUUCUGGGAAAACUCAAAAAACCAUGCUUGUAAACCCAGUUAAAUAAAAAUGUAAUAAACUAAA